AUCAAACCACUAACCCUUUGGUUUCACAGGCACGCGCUCGAUCCACUGAGCUAUAGCAGCCAGGGCUGCUUUUCAUCUUAAUUGUUCUUUUGGUCCUCUUGGUUUUCUUUUACUAUCUGGUGAUCAUUGUCAAUGAAGAACUGAGCUGAUUAUAUAGGUAAUUGACAAAAGGUUCCUCUUCCAAUAGUCCUCUUGCCUUAAUAGGAGUUAGCUGAUUCAUUGGCCAGAGAAGUAUGGAGGAGAGGUGGAUGAACCUAUUUCCCACUCCUGACUUCUGUACCUGCUCACUCAAAGGAUUUUUAUUACUUUGAUUUGUAUAUUCAUGUCUCUUCUCCUUAGCUGACAAUAACACCAGAGAGGUACAGACAAAACACUGUUUUAACUUGAAGUAAACCUUCUCUGCGUGGUUAUGUACCUACUUGAUAAAUAGUUUGGGUUCAUUUGUCCGUUUUUUAUUUUUAAGGAUUGUUUUCUUUUUUAUUUACUUUUUAAAAGUUAUGUACAAUAUUUACAUGGUUCACUCAAAGCUGGGCAUUUAUCCAGCUACUCCAGGAAGAGGGGCUCUGCCUUUCUGCCCACUUUUGACUUUGCAUGUUCUGGGAAGUGUCUAGCUCUGCUCUGUCUUGUCACACAAUUAACUGCUUCUUCUCCUCCAUCCUCUAGAAAGUGGCCAGCAUUAAAAUAGACUAUGUCCCUUAGCCCUUCUCAUUACUGUUAUGCUAUGAUUCCCUUUGUGAAUGCCUUUACUAUUAUGUUAUUGGGGUUUGGGGAGGAUAGAGAGGACAUAUGCUUUUUAAUUUAGCUUGUCAUCUUGAAAUGAAACUACUUUGUGCCAUACCAUUGCUGUCAAUAGGACUUCUUUUCACUCCAUUUGUCUGUUGGCUUAAUAAGUGAAAUGGAUUUAAAAUUUGUUCUCUGUGAUCACAAAUUAUAGCUAUCACUUUACUGAAACAUGAUGCUGCCCGCCCUAGGAUACAUAGAUUUUUACUCUCUUCAGGGAUUAGGUGACUUUAUAAGACCUUUCUUGUUUGUCAGUAACUUUUUUCCAGAAAAGCAGAGGUAACAAAUCUUUAUUGUAUGGGAAUAAUAAUAAGAUCAAACAUAUGGUGCUUAAUAUGUGCCAGACAUGAUUCUAAGUGCUUUAUAUGUAUGAAUUUAUUUAACUCAAUAACAGUAGUUACUGUUACUAUAUCUAUUUUGCAGACGAUGAAACUGAGGCACAGAGAGGUUAAAGAACUUGCCCAAGGUCACAUAGCUGGAUAUGACUUAGAGGCCUUACAAUUACAUCUGUGCAUUCUUGCUUUGGACUUUAUAGUUGAGGGCCAACCCAGUCUGCAAGCACCUCUUCUUAAUGUUACAAGGAAACUGCUACCUCAGCAAACAAAAGGAAAGGAAAAGACUUACAAUAACAAAUGCCAUUUUUUAAAAAAACAAAACUUGUUUUCAGAAAAUAUUAAAGGAAAUUUGGAGAAGAUUUGCAUUCAAAAGAAGCUUUUCAGGUAAAUGGAUUUGGCAGGCAGGCUCUGUCAAAAUUCUGCAGAGGUUUGAGCUUCCUUCUUAAGGACUUAGUGUGAAGUAAUUCUGUACUACUUUUUAAAUUGCUGUUGAUCAGCUUGUGGGUUUUUGGGUUCUAACUUUUCUGGUGUAUUGAAAAUACAUUAUAUUACAUUUUUUAAAGUUAAGUUAUUUUUCUGCCAUUGUAAAUACAAGUAUCAAAAUACUAUUGCAAAGCAAUUAUAGGUAAGCAUUUUUCUCAGCAAGCAUAUCUUUUUAUUAAGAGAGUGGAAUAAUAACAGUUCUUAUCCAGUAUUUUGGACACACUUUUAUUUUUUGUCAGAGGUCUUGCCUACACUGAAAAUAUUAAGUAUAUAAACCUUUUCUCUUCUCAUAUCUACAUUGGGUCACAUGGUCACCUGCCUCAUGGAAAUGCCUUUUUUAAAAUUUAGAUUUUCAGAACUCCACUAUUUUUAUACCUAGCUACAAUUUUAGAGAAAAGAAGACUCAGAACCCUGACCCACUCACAAUCACUGGGACAGUUCUCUCUCCCGCAUGUAUUGCUGCAGUGCCCAGGACAGUAAAAUGGACUACAAGAGGCGCUUCCUGCUUGGCGGGUCCAAGCAGAAGGUGCAGCAGCACCAGCAGUACCCGAUGCCUGAACUGGGCCGAACACUGAGUGCUCCCCUGGCAUCUACAGCCACCACUGCCCCCCUGGGCAGCCUGACUGCUGCGGGCAGCUGCCACCAUGCCAUGCCUCACUCCACUCCCAUCGCUGACAUCCAGCAAGGCAUCUCCAAGUACCUGGACGCCCUCAAUGUCUUCUGCCGUGCCAGUACUUUCCUCACAGAUCUCUUCAGCACUGUGUUCAGGAACUCUCACUACUCUAAGGCAGCCAUGCAGCUCAAAGAUGUGCAGGAGCAUGUCAUGGAAGCAGCCAGUCGGCUGACUUCAGCCAUAAAGCCUGAGAUUGCCAAGAUGCUGAUGGAACUUAGUGCUGGGGCCGCAAACUUUACAGAUCAGAAGGAAUUCAGUCUUCAGGACAUUGAGGUGUUGGGACGAUGCUUUCUGACCGUGGUGCAGGUCCAUUUCCAGUUUUUGACCCAGGCAUUACAGAAGGUCCAGCCAGUGGCUCACUCUUGCUUUGCUGAGGUGGUUGUGCCUGAAAAAAAGAACAGCAGCAGCAGUGGCAGCAGCUUAUCUGGCAUGGGGCACAUACCUGAACUGGAGGAAGCUGUGCGAUCCUGGCGGGGGGCUGCUGAGGCAACAUCUCGACUAAGAGAAAGAGGCUGUGAUGGCCGCCUGGCAGGAAUUGAAGUUCAACAGCUCUUCUGUUCUCAAAGUGCAGCAAUUCCUGAGCACCAGCUAAAAGAACUGAACAUAAAAAUUGACAGUGCUUUGCAAGCAUAUAAAAUAGCUCUGGAAAGCUUAGGCCACUGUGAAUAUGCAAUGAAAGCUGGUUUCCACUUGAAUCCAAAGGCAAUUGAAGCCAGUUUGCAGGGCUGCUGCAGCGAGGCAGAAGCACAGCAAACAGGCCGGAGGCAGACACCCCCACAGCCCAUGCAGUGUGAGCUUCCCACUGUCCCUGUGCAGAUUGGAUCACACUUCCUGAAGGGUGUCUCCUUCAACGAGUCAGCUGCUGACAAUCUGAAGCUUAAGACGCAUACAAUGUUACAGCUGAUCAAGGAAGCAGGCUGCUAUAAUGGAAUCUCACCAAGGGACGAUUUUCCUGUAACUGAAGUUCUGAACCAGGUGUGCCCAUCCACAUGGCGAGGUGCCUGCAAGACUGCCGUACAGCUGCUGUUUGGCCAGGCCGGACUGGUGGUAGUUGACACAGCACAGAUAGAAAAUAAAGAAGCCUAUGCCCCUCAAAUCAGUUUAGAAGGCUCCAGAAUCGUGGUUCAAGUCCCCUCCACAUGGUGCCUGAAAGAAGACCCUGCUACCAUGUCCCUGCUGCAGAGAAGCCUGGAUCCCGAGAAGACCUUGGGUCUCGUGGAUGUGCUCUACACGGCUGUGCUGGACCUCAGCCGCUGGAGGGCGGGGAGGGAACAAGCUUUACCCUGCAUUCAGAUCCAGCUCCAAAGGGAGAUCUGUGAUUUUGGGAACCAGGCCGACCUGCCUUCUGGAAAUGGAAACAAACCUUCAGGCGGUCUGCAGAAGACGUUCUCCAAACUGACAUCCCGGUUCACCAAGAAAGCUUCAUGUACCAGCUCUAGCAGCAGCACAAAUUAUUCCAUCCUAAAUACACCUUCCAAAAACAUCUUCAUAGCUGGGUGUUCUGAAGAGAAAGCCAAGAUGUCCAGUAAUCUUGAUUCAAGGUUACAAAGCAUUUUGAACAUUGGCAGUUUCCCUAGAACUAUGGACUCUUCACAAUCAGCUCAGAAUUCCAAUAAUCAAAUGGCCAAUGGUUUUCUCAUGGAGCGACGUGACAACUUUCUGCAAGGGGAUGACGGCAAGGACGAGAAGGGUAUGAACUUACCAACCGAUCAGGAAAUGCAGGAGGUUAUAGAUUUUCUCUCGGGCUUUAAUAUGGGCCAGUCACAUCAGGGCUCCCCAUUAGUGACAAGGCGUAAUUCUACUGCUACAGCCAUGGUGACUGAACAGAAGGCAGGAACCAUGCAGCCACAACAGCCACCACUGCCGGUGCCCCCUCCACCUCGGCCACCCCAGACUGGGGCACACACACCUCUGACACCCCAGCCAGGCCUGGCACCUCAGCAGCAGUCCCCAAAGCAACAACAACCCCAGGUCCAAUACUACCAACACCUGCUCCAACCCAUUGGACCACAGCAGCCCCCAUCCCAGCCUCGGGCCCCUGGAAAAUGGGUGCAUGGCUCAUCCCAGCAGCCAGCACAGCCUGUUGGAGUGGGUCUGUCUCCUCUUGGCCAGUGGCCUGGCAUAUCUGAUCUCAGUUCUGACUUGUACAGCUUGGGUCUGGUGAGCAGCUAUAUGGAUAAUGUGAUGUCAGAGGUUUUAGGACAGAAGCCACAGGGACCUAGAAAUAAUACCUGGCCAAACCGUGACCAAAGUGAAGGAGUCUUUGGAAUGUUGGGAGAGAUUCUGCCUUUUGAUCCUGCAGUGGGUUCAGACCCUGAGUUUGCACGCUAUGUGGCUGGAGUGAGCCAGGCAAUGCAGCAGAAGCGGCAGGUCCAACAUGGUCGCCGUCCAGGCAACCCCCGGGGACACUGGCCACCCAUGGAUGAUGCCCAUCGAACCUGGCCUUUCCCAGAGUUCUUCACAGACGGGGAUGGUCUGCACAGUGGCUGGUCGGGUACUCAGGGAGACUCAGCCAGCUCGAGCGAUGAGACGUCUUCCGCCAAUGGAGACAGCUUGUUCUCCAUGUUUUCAGGACCUGACCUUGUUGCUGCUGUCAAGCAGAGAAGGAAACACAGCAGUGGAGAGCAGGAGACCAGCACGCUGUCCUCACCACCUCUUCUUACCACAGUGGAGGACGUGAAUCAGGAUAACAAAACCAAAACGUGGCCACCCAAAGCACCCUGGCAGCACCCUUCUGCACUGCCCAGCACACUGCCUAGCCCAAGUGCACCGCUCUAUGCAGUCGCCAGCCCUGGCAGCCAGUGGAACGACACCAUGCAGAUGCUGCAGUCCCCGGUGUGGGCCGCGACCAGCGAUUGCAGCACCGCCUCCUUCACCUACGUGCAGACCCCACCGCAGCCCCCACCCCCACCAGCACACAAGGCAGCACCCAAGGGCUUCAAAGCCUUCCCUGGGAAGGCUGAGCGCAGGCCAGCCUACUUGCCCCAGUACUGACCAGGCCAGCCUGCCCGCCUGCCCAGAGCUGUUGGGGCCAGUGUCCACAUCCCAGGGCUGACCAGCUGGCACCAUCCCCUAGAAGACCAGUGCACCCCUGUCUUAGGCAGGGACCCUCGGGGACGGGGGCGGUUGGCAGCUCCAAGUCUUUAAGGCCUUGCUUCUCAAACUUUGGAAGCAUCAGACCCCUGGAGGGCCAGCUGAAGACAGGUCUCUGACCCUCCUCAGGGAAAUGCUGGGAUCUUUGAGCUUAAUAAGCACUUCGGGUGAUUGUGAUACAGUUGGGCCAUAGGCCACACUCUGAGGACACAGCUGUCACGUUUGUAGUCCCACUUUGUUUGCCACAAAGGCAUCAGGCCUGACGACCAACUGCAGAACUGACCAUUCUUCUGAAACCUUCCCCAUCCUAACGUACUGAGUGAUGACCACACUAGUCACUGUAUUUUAUAGCUACUUUUCAUAUAGGUUUUUAGUUAAAACAUCUCCUCCCUAAAAUGCAUUGAAGUUUUUAAAAUAACAAAUAUAAUGGCUGGAGGUUUGUUCAACACUAUUUUUAUUUAAGCUUAUACAAAAUGGGCAACAUACAGAAGAUUUGCGAUCAGAAGCAGUCACCUGGGUUUUCUGUGCCCAUGGGCAGUCCUUCACCACCCCAGCAGCCCCAGGGGCUGCAGCCUUUGUCAGAUUUACAAAAGCAACAUGGUAAAACUGUUGGAGGCGCCUUCCUGCCGGUGCUCAGAGAGGAGUUCUCUGCUGGCUGCUGUCUGUGCAGGAUAGAGGUGCACCUGUCACCCUCAGGUCCCGCCACAGACACUGACGGCCAGAGGCUUCAGCACCACUUCACAUGUGGGGUGUGGGCAGGGGGCUGCACAGAGACACCGCACGUGAAAUUGCAGUAACUUUUGUGAGCUGGCUCAAGACAAACCAAUUAAGAUGUAGCUAGGAAUUAAUUUAAAGUAUUUUCUUAAAAAAAGAAAAACCCACCUCAUUUUCAGUUAACAUGUGCCAUCAUAUAGAUAGCAUCCUGUGGAUUUAGGGAUAUUUCCCAGCCAGAAUGGAUCCAGAAGAAUUGAAUGGUGCUUAAAUUGAGAAAUAAUAAUAAAUAUAUCUAUAUAGAAUAGAUACCCCACUGUAUAUUAAUUGAGGUUACAGAAGUUCUUUAUAUAAAACUUAUUUAAAUUUUUCAUAUUUCAUCUUUGAAAAAGUCUAAUUGAGAAAAAUCCAUAAUAUUUUCUGGUAUGAAAGUUUGACAGUAUUAAUAUUUUUUUUAUAUUUUCUUAAAUCAUUAAACCAUUUUAAUAUAUGUUAACUACUAAUAAAUGGUUUAUUCUUUCUAACUCCAUAUAACCUUUUCCAGCAAAGAUUGUAAUAACACAUUUAUGUUCUCAUUUUUCUACAGAUAUAAGUAAAUUUAUAUUUAAAAAUACCAAAAAAGAAAAAAUAUAUAUAUAUAUGUAUGUAUACACACUAAGUAUAGAGGGCCCUUAGGGUGUGUGAGCCCAGUCAUCUGACUUUCUAGUACUGUGUUGCCAGGCUCUUUCCAGGCCUCGGGUGUUGUCUUGUGCUGUGUGGAGAUGCCAUUGCUGCCUGUACUUAACGAUCCUUUCACCAUGGGUUCUGAACAUUCACCUCACCAUGUUUACAGAGAACUAUUUUGUACAUAGACUUUUUUAGGCACGUGCUUUGCACCAACCCUGCGUGGCUCUUGUCUGUGUUAGCUGUCACAGUGUGUGCACUAAUCUCUGUUGAAAUUGUUUGUAGCUGUUUGACUUGUAAGAUAGUUUCCUAUUUCCUUCGGUAAUGUGUCCACAGUACCCCGUAUUUCGAGUUCUGUUAUACUGAAGUACCCUUGUUUUAAUAGUGCCUCCCCAAGGCCUCACUCUGGUCAGAGGUCAGUCCUUGAUGCCCCAGUGCAGCUGACAUCAACAUUGCUGAUUGUCCCAUUCUAGUCUAUUUUUCUUAAGACAUUUGUAAUUACAUCUCUAUGGGCUGUGAGACUGUGUGAAGCUGUUUGUGUGGUUUCCUGGUAGGUGCUGUGUUCUCAGCACCACCUUGCUCUGAACACUGGUAAUUCCAGGUGCUGCGUUUGGCAGAGGAGUCUCUCCUAAGCGUGUGUGUGUGUGUGUGUGUGUGUCCUUUGCGUGGCCGGGCAUGGCGCCUUGCUCAGGCAUCAUCAGGACGUUGUGUAAUAGUUAACGCUUCCAAACUGGAACUCUACAUUUUGUAUCUUACUUUUAAAGCUCCUAUAAGUAAAUUAACUAUUGGCUUUAUUAAAAAUAUACAUUUAAUAAUA